GUAUGAAGAAAAUAAUGAAUGCAAAAAAUUUAUUGUUCGAUGGAAUCGACGAAGAUACGCAAGUGGCCUCUAUGACCGAAACCACUGGAUCAAUUUGGUCUUCUACUUGUCUCAAAACGGGCGACAAAUACAUGCAUUACAAAUCGGAAGAGAAACGUGGAUCGAUGGUGGUAAAGUUAGAAAUUUACAAAUUCGCCGACUGUUUCAGGAAGGAAAAGAAGGAGUGGUGGCGACAAGCAGAAUUUCGUGCGACAACGGUUCUACGUUCAACGGACCAAAUUGCUAUAGACAAGGCAUACAAACUGGCAUCGACAUUGAAGAACAUACAGAAAGCAAAGAAAGGGAAUCAUAUAUCCCACACCCAAAACCCUUAAAGAUGGAAAGUUUUUUUAAAUCAAUAUUAUGUACUCCUUUAAAAAAUAUUUUAUAUACUGGACAUUGGAUCAAUUCUAAAUACAGUAUAUGAAAUAUUUAAAUAUUCUAGAAAUAUCGAGACAAACAAAUUAAUAUAUGCAGCAUCAUGGCAGGAAAGAGAAAAUUAUUAUUAUUCUAUUAAAGAUAGUGUUACUAUUUUAGAGAAACUAUUAUUAUAUCAAGUUAAAAAUAUAAAAGCAUUUUUAAUUAUAUUAUAUAAUUUUUUAGAGAAACAAAUACCUAAAAAAAAUUGUUUAUAUAUUCAAUCUGAUCCAAACGCUGGAAAAAAUUUUUCAGUCGUGCUUUCGAUCCAUGAAAAAACGAACUUCCUCUGGCCAAUGAUAUGUAGCAUCAUUACAAAAUGAAUCCAUGGCUAAUAAUCAUGACCCUAUGGGUCGAUUAUGCCGGUAUUGUAUGUUGGUGGGGUUAACGUAUUACGGCCAGUUUUACUUCAGCCUUCAAAGCUGCUGGAUGUGUAACCAAGUUAUAGAAUAGUUUACUACGCAAAUUUUUGGUAUAAAAAUAUGUCUGUAAUUCCAUUUCAUAAAUAUUUGGGACCAGGUAAUUUAUUAGAAGAUGAUGAACCAGUCAAUGAAGUCGAUAGUGUAGCAUUAGAGCAUGAUAUUUUGUAUGAGAAUGUUCAAAAUAAGUUAGGUGUAUACAAUGCUGAUCAACAAGCUAUAAAAGAAUUUGUUGAUAUUGCUGUUUCAAGUAAUGAUGUUACAAAAGUUUAUCCUGCAUUGAUUGGUUCUUUUGGAUUGUCUGCAAAGCAUCUUUACGAAAGAUUUUUAAAUACUGUUGUUUAUCCUAGGUAAUGUCAUCGCCACGUAAAAAACGUUUAAAUAUUGGACAAGCUCGUUACGCAUAUCAACAGCAAAGAUUGGGUCACUAUUGGCGUCAAGUUUAUCAAAAUAAUCCUUUUAAUUCAUAUUCAGAAUUUUUGAGAUCUCCGUAUGCAAAAGUAAUUCGUAAAAGAGCAGUACAAGAGUUUAAUGAAGGAAUUGCUCAUAGUGAACAAACUUUGCCUGAAAUAAGUGAAGCAGAUCUAGUAAAUUUAUCUAAUCUUAGUCUCCCAGACGAAGCUGGUCCGUCUUCGCCGAGCAGAGCCAGAUCCGACAGAGGCCCCGUCGACGUCGACCGUUCCCCCGAACCUCAACCCGGACCAUCUAGUAGUAGAGAUUCACCUUUCGAAGGAAAUAUUUUGGCUGAUAGUAUUGAUAAUAUCAACGAUAUUCUUAUGGCCGAUAUUCAAGGAAAUACUUUUCGUGCUAAAGGACAAAGUAAUACGGCUGUUUCACAGGGAGGAGGUAACGAUGCCAUGGAGACAGAUGCAGGACCUUCAUCCGGAUCAGGAGUUGAUGGAACAAGUAAUGCCGGAGGUAUGAGUAGUAUACCUCCUGUUCCUCGAGAUCGUAGUAUUAUGUUAAAAUUUCAAAAACGAAUAUAUCGCUAUACUUAUGGAGUUAAACAUCAUAUGAUGAGUGCGAACAAAGAUGCUACUUAUGUUAAGGCAAUUGCUACGCCUUAUGCUUAUUAUCCGGUCGAUUGGUUACCAUGGUAUCUAACUAAAGCUGAAUAUUUGUCUUUACCAGAAAAUACUAAAAUUAUACAUGUUACUUCUAAAAUUACUUUACUGGGAACACGUACGGCUUUUGAUCAUGGAACAUCACUUACAGGAGUUGCCACUACUGAGUACAUACCGAUCGUGAAAUUUGGAAUUGGUUUAAAUCGCGAUUUUUAUAUACAAAAUAAGCAAUUUACUUUCAAUGGUACUGAAGCUAUGCAACCGACUGGAUAUAAAACUACGCCUUUAGCAAAUAAUAUAACGGCUAUAUAUGGAUCAACACCACCUGCUGUAGAAUGUCCACGGCAUAUUAAUUGGUAUAUGAUGUAUCUUUAUAAUGAAACAAAAGACGCUGGUUCACCGAAUGAUACUUAUUCUAUUACGGGUUGGUAUAGAGUUGAUAAAAAAUUACAAACAGUUAUGGUUAAUCAUGUUAUUGGAAAACCGAUUGUCAAUUAUUCUUAUUCACCUAGAAGUGGUUAUGUAAAACCUUCUAAACGAGCUCUUUGUAUAAAUAUGACGAAUGCGAAUGGUUUUCCAACUACGUUUAAUUACAUUCCGUAUAAUCAUACUAUGCCGACUUUUAUGAAUGUGACAAAAGAUAAAGAUAGUGGCGCUCAUAUCUUAAAUUCUGCUGCUUCGUCUUUUACAAAGAAGUUGAGCACCCGUGUAGAUGGCGAUUACGGUCAGUCUCUGGAAACAUAUGUUAAUGUACACGCUCAAACCGGCUCAGUGUCUACUUUCAUACCACAACCUCAAGUUCAUUUAGGCUUAUUGGCCACUCCUUCUUUGAAACCGGAUAAAGAAAAUUCAGAAUUUUUAAAUUCGUCUGUCUAUACAUUGAGUGAAAAUGAAAUUAUUUUGGAAUUUAAUAUGGAUUCAUUUUGUAAUGAUGCUACAUAUCAUUGGCCAGAGGAAGUUCGUUUUUUCAUGGAUCGAAAGCACGACUGGGUUGGAGAAGGAUAUCAAACUUUUGGAAUGCAAGCUACUCUCGAGGGACAAUAUUCAUCCAGUGGUACAUUUGAAGUGCAAGAUAUUAAUGAACAACUCGCCUAUGAAUUACAACGAACCUCUGUUUCAACAGCCUCACGAAAGAAGAAAAAAUCAGUUCGUACGUCAGAAGAGAACUUCGAAUUAUUGUAAUGAUUGGAAAAUGGAAUAUUCAUGCAUAGUAGAUCCGAAAUAUCGAAAAAGAGUUUGUAUUAAUUCGACUACUCCGGCUUUUGCUUGUCAACGAGAUUACGUAACUAGUGCUCAUUUUUACGACGAAUGGCCAAUUUUACGGCGAAUAAUAUAUGAUAUUGGAUUAUUUUUAAGAGAUAAAGAAAUAAAUAUUGAUGAACUAUUUAAUGAAAUUGUUAAAUCUCGGGAUUCACUGUUAAUAAUAAAUAAUGUAAUACAACAAUUACGUGAUACAAUUCUUUAUUAUGAAGAUCAUAAUAUCCGUAAUA